CUAUGGGUGGAUACUAGAAAAUUGUUCAUUAACUUAUAUUAUUUAUUUUGCUUGCCUUCAACAACUUUUUGAGAUAAAAAUAAAUAUUUUGGUUGUUUUUUCAAUAAAAAAUGUUUUUGAUGCAAAUUUUAUUUUUUAUUUUAUUAUUUUUAAAUAUUUGUUUUGCUGCAAUUUUUAAGAAUCAUGGAAGCAACAAUGCCGAAUUUCUUAAAAAAGAGGCGCCAAGUCAGCAACGCAAAAGUGGUGACCAUUUAUCAUCAUUUAAUACUUGCACUGAUACAUCAGGGAUUAAACGAAAUAAUGGAGAAGAAUGGAUUGCCAGCGAUUACUUUGUAAUGCUUUGUCACAAAAUAUCAAAUGAAUCCAGUUGGCCAAUUAUGCGAAUUGAAGUUGUUGCUUGCCUUAGAGAAGAUAAAAAGACUCGAAUUCCAAUUGGUUCUCAAGUUGAAGAAUAUCCUGGAAAGUUUUUAGUUUGUAGAAGAGAUAAUCCAAAUGAUUUGACUGGAAUUGUACAUAGAGAAUGGAGGUAUGUGCCUUUACCUAAAUCUCUUGAAGAAGCAAAUACUUGUUUUGAUAAUGAAGGAAAACGAAGACAGAAUGGUGAAGAAUGGAUUGUUGGCACAUAUUUUGUUAUGCUUUGCCACCAAGUUUUAUCAAAUCAAAGUUCUUGGUUAAUAAUGCAAGUUGAAAUAAUUGCUUGUCUUCGAGAAGAUUUAAAAACUCGAAUACCUGUUGGGUCUGAAGUUGAAGAAACUCCUGGAAGAUUUUUGGUUUGUAGAAGAGCUGAUUCUGACCCUACCGGAAUUGUUUGGAGAGAAUGGAGAAUUGGUGAAGCGAAAAAACCUGUUGAAACGGACAAAACUUGUUUGGAUAAUGAAGGCAAAAGAAGACAAAAUGGAGAGGAAUGGAUUGUGUCUGACUAUUUUAUAUUUACCUGUCAUCAAGUUUUAAAUUCAAAUUCAUCGCCUACUAUGCAAGUAGAAGUUGUUGCUUGUCUUCGUGAUGAUAAAAUAACUCGAAUUCCAGUUGGUUCAGAAGUUGAAGAAUCUCCAGGAAAAUUUUUGGUUUGUCGUAAAGUUGAUCCAAAUGAUCCUGCAAUUAUGGUUAGAAGAGAAUGGAGAAUUGUUGUUAAGCCACAACCUGCUAAUGUUGUAAAAACUUGCUUGGAUAAUGAAGGGAAAACAAGAAAGGAUGGAGAAGAAUGGAUUGUUGGGGACUAUUUUGUUUUUCUUUGUCAUCAAAUACCUUCAAAUCCUGUUCCUAUAAUGGUUGCUCAAGUUGUUGCUUGUUUACGUGAGGAUCGUCAAUCUCGGAUAGCUGUUGGUUCUGAAAUUGAGGAAUCUCCUGGAAUGAUUCUUUCUUGUAAACGAGCUGAUCCUAAUGAUCCAAAUGGAAUUGUUAGACGAGAAUGGCAUGUUGCUCAAAGCAGAAAUUCAACAACAAGUUCAAGCAGUUCAACAAGUUCAAGCAGUACAAAUAUUUCAAAUUCUAAUAAUGAGAUGAAAAAUUGGUGUUUUGACAAGAAAAUUGACGCACAAUUAAAUCAUCAAAAUUUUGUUUUUCUUUGUUCGUCGCCCGAUGCUAUUCCCAAAUUGGUUGCCUGUCUUCCCCCUCAACUUAAUGGAAGAAAAAUAAAUUCUAAUGAAAAUAUAAAACUUGGAUCUUUUAAAAUAAGUUGUAAUCAAAUGAAUGAUGGAACUAUGUUUUAUCAAUAUUCUUGA